UACAAAUCCCUGACCUCAUCCCCAACAGCAAUGGGUGAGGAAAUGGAACUGCCUUUCAUCGAGGACGUCCAGCUGACAGAGGUGAUGCGCCUGCGGGUACAGUCACUCCAACAGAAAGGCCAGAAGAGGCAGGACGGCGAACGCCUACUCCUACCACAUGAAGCCGUCUACAGACUCAACUUCACCCAGCAAGACCUUGCCUUCUGCAACUGGAAAGUCACCAUCAAAGGACCCGGUCGACUCUCCGUCACUGGCAUCUCCCAGCUCUGGACACCAGACCUCACCAACCUGAUGACCAGGCAACUUCUGGAGCCCACGGGCCAGUUCUGGAGGACAGCCGGAGACCCUGAAGAUGCCCCCAUCAAGUGCCUGGAGGCGGACAUCCAGGAGUUUGGGGAGAGGAUAGCCGAACUGGCCAAGGUGCGCAAAGUGAUGUACUUCUUGUUUGCGUUCAAGGAGGGUGCGGAGAAAGACAACAUCACUUGCUCUGUGGUCUUCAAGAACAACUCAGGUUAG